AUGGGUCUAUUCGCCUCCAAGUUGUUUAGUAACCUAUUCGGUAAUAGGGAAAUGCGUAUCCUGAUGGUUGGUCUUGAUGGUGCUGGUAAGACUACCGUCCUGUACAAAUUGAAGCUUGGUGAAGUUAUUACUACCAUUCCAACCAUUGGUUUCAAUGUUGAAACUGUCCAAUACAAGAACAUUUCCUUCACAGUUUGGGAUGUCGGUGGACAAGAUAGAAUCAGAUCUUUAUGGAGACAUUAUUACAGAAACACUGAAGGUGUUAUUUUUGUUGUUGACUCCAAUGAUAGAUCCCGUAUUGGUGAAGCUAGAGAAGUUAUGCAAAGAAUGUUGAAUGAAGAUGAAUUGAGAAAUGCCGUUUGGUUAGUAUUUGCUAACAAACAGGAUUUACCAGAAGCUAUGUCUGCUGCUGAAAUAACUGAAAAGUUAGGUUUACAUGCUAUCAAGAACCGUCCUUGGUUUAUUCAAUCUACUUGUGCUACCUCUGGUGAAGGUCUAUAUGAAGGUCUAGAAUGGUUGAGUAACAACUUGAAGAACCAAUCAUGA